AGAGAUCUUGGAUUCUUGGCAAGGAGAUGAAGCACGACGACGUGCUCGACGACAUCGACUUCGACGACCUGGACGACCACCUCGAGCAGUUCCAGCAAGAUGACUUCAUCAAAGAGGCACUAGCCAAGGGUGUGGACCUCCGCCAGUACGCGCAACAGAUCGAUCGCGAGUUGCGCGAUGUCGAGAUGGAGUCGAUCACACAAUACGUGGCCAAGUCGGCCGACAUUGUCGACUUGUACAACCAGGUGCAGUCGUGCGAUGACAUCCUUGCGCGCAUGCAAGAAAUGCUGCUUGGAUUCCAGGCGGACUUGGGCGGCAUUUCCGAUGAGAUCCGCAACCUACAGAACGAAUCCAUCGACAUGAACAUCAAGCUCAAGAAUCGCAGGGAGGCCGAAGAGAAACUACGCCUCUUCCUUGACCAAGUGUACAUCCCGCCGACGCUCAUAGAAGGCAUCGACGACGGCGACGUGAACGACGCGUACAUUUCGUACCUCAUGAUUCUCCACAGCAAGCUCGCGUAUGCAAAGCUCCAAAAAGAGGCUCCAACCUCCCUUGGCAUCAUCCCUGCCUCAGCGAAAGCUGUCCAGCAAGUCGAUGGCGACCUCGACAAGCUCAAGCUCCGGGCGUGUGCGCAGAUCCGUGAAUGGCUGCUCGGCCGCAUCAACGACCUGAAGAAGCCCAAGACGAACGUGCAAAUGGUGCAGCAGUCGACUCUGAUCAAGAUGAAGUACGUCGUCCAGUUUUUGAACAACUACGCGCCGUCGAUCGCAAACGAAUUCAAAGACACGUACGCCGACACGAUGAGUCGCAUUCUCGUCACGGUCUUCAAAGCAUAUCACGUGGCCUUGAUGAAGUUUGUGGAAGAGUCAUCGACGCGCACGGACGUCAUCGCGGUCGAAGAAGCGUCGUUGAAAGCAUCCAUGUUUAGCUCGCGCGUCAAGCCCACGAAUGCGUUUGCGCUCGGGGACCGCGACAAGAUUGUCGAGAACGCAGGUGGACCCCCCAUCCUCGUCCACGUCGCGCAGGCCGAGGCACUCAAGUGCCCGUAUGAAGCCAUCUUUCGCAGCACGCAGAUCCACUUGGUCAAUGCCGCCACGUCCGAGUACCUCUUCCUCGUCGACUUUUUCAAAGCGACGGAAGGGUCGAACCCGGUCCGCAUCCACGAAUUGUUUCUUCGGGUUUUCGCCAAGACGCUCAGUCUCGGCCUCGAGCAGCUCGAAAACUACCUGUGCACGUGCUACGAUGCGAUCGGGCUUUUGCUCAUGGUGCGCCUGACGCUGCAGCACCAGCACAUCCUCGAGCAGCGUCGCGUACCGGUCCUCGAGACGUACCUGAACCGCGUGCUCGUCUUGUUGUGGCCUCGGAUAUACGCCGUCCUGGACUUGAACGUUCAAAGCGUCAAGCAGGCCAAGCCCAAGAAACUCGGCGCGGUCGAGCUGCAUCCGCAUUACGUGACCCGACGGUACGCCGAGUUUGUCGCGAGCGUACUGGGGCUCGUCCCGGAAGCAGCAUCGGAUGGAGCGCCGCCCACCCACGGACCCGACGGCGUGUACAUGCACAUGGCCGCGUUGCGGGAAGCGCUCGUGGCGCUGCUCGAGACACUGGCCGGCGUCCACAAAUCCACCAAGGACAAGUGUGUGUUUUUAAUCAACAACUACGACUUGGUCGUCAGCGUCGUCGACGAGCGCAAGAUUGCGUCGGACGAAACGACCAAGUUUGGCGAGCUGUUGCUGCAGCAGCGCGAAAAGUUUGUGGAAGAGGAGCUCAUGACGCAGUACGGGUCGCUCAUCGCGUUUGUGCAGCACACGGAGGCGACGAAAGCGGCGGUCGACACGUCGUCCAAGGUCGAAAAGAUCGUGCGCGAGUUCAACGCGCAGUGGAAAGCUGGCAUCGAAACGAUCCAUGCGAACGUGAUGAAGUACUUUAGCAACUUUCGCAACGGGAUGGAAAUUCUCAAGCAAGUGCUCACCCAACUGCUCCUGUACUACACGCGGUUUGUCGACGUUGUCAAGAAGAGCUGGGCGCGGCCCCCGAGCUUUAGCAACGACAUCGUGACGACUCAAGAGAUCCUGUACGAGAUCAAAAAGUAUAGCCGGUCGUUUUAAUGGCCACGACCGAACGGAUCGGCUGCUGCAAAACCACGUGGGCCGCACGCGCAGUUUGGUUGUCGUGCUCGUGGCGAACAGGUUGACUUGCGCGCAUGGCGGCGCCGGCACGCAUGCUUUUUGCACGCAUGGAACGCUCCGUUGAAUUGCCACCACGUCUUCUCGCGCCAACGU